GAGCGGACCCACUGCCAAGCGGGAAGGAGCGGGCUGUUGAUGGCGAUUCAGUGUCGAAGCUGAGAGAAUUGCAGAGUCGUUAUUGUAAAUUUAGCUAGCCUGUCUGCUGGCUAGCUAAAGAAGGAGCAACUGAAGAUUGAACAUGCCCCGGGAAAUUAUAACCCUUCAGCUAGGACAGUGUGGAAAUCAAAUCGGCUUCGAGUUUUGGAAGCAGCUGUGUGCAGAGCAUGGCAUCAGUCCAGAGGGUAUCGUGGAGGAGUUUGCAACUGAAGGGACGGACAGGAAGGACGUGUUCUUCUACCAGGCUGAUGACGAGCACUACAUCCCCCGUGCUGUCCUCCUGGAUCUGGAGCCUCGUGUGAUCCAUUCAAUUCUCAACUCCCCGUAUGCAAACCUGUAUAAUCCAGAGAACAUCUACCUGUCUGAGCAUGGUGGAGGUGCUGGGAACAACUGGGCCAGUGGAUACUCACAGGGCAAAAAAAUCCAAGAAGACAUCUUUGAUAUUAUUGACCGAGAGGCAGACGGUAGUGACAGCCUGGAGGGAUUUGUCCUCUGUCACUCGAUUGCCGGGGGAACCGGGUCGGGACUGGGUUCGUACCUGCUGGAAAGACUCAACGACAGGUACCCAAAGAAGCUGGUACAGACCUACUCUGUUUUCCCAAACCAGGAUGAGAUGAGUGACGUGGUUGUUCAGCCGUACAACUCGCUGCUCACACUGAAGAGGCUCACCCAGAACGCAGACUGCGUGGUUGUUCUGGAUAACACUGCUCUGAAUCGCAUUGCCACAGACAGGCUGCACAUCCAGAACCCCUCCUUCUCCCAGAUUAAUCAGCUGGUUUCUACAAUCAUGUCUGCGAGCACAACUACGCUACGCUACCCUGGCUACAUGAACAAUGACCUGAUUGGUCUGAUCGCUUCACUCAUUCCCACUCCCCGUCUCCACUUCCUCAUGACGGGUUACACACCACUGACCACUGACCAGUCGGUUGCUAGUGUGAGGAAGACAACGGUGCUGGAUGUGAUGAGGAGGCUGUUGCAACCCAAGAAUGUGAUGGUGUCCACUGGAAGAGAGAGACAGCCCAGUCACUGCUACAUUGCUAUCCUCAAUAUCAUCCAGGGAGAAGUUGACCCCACGCAGGUGCAUAAAAGCCUCCAAAGGAUCCGGGAGCGCAAACUUGCCAACUUCAUUCCCUGGGGUCCGGCCAGCAUCCAGGUGGCCUUGUCCAGGAGGUCCCCAUACCUGGCCUCGGCUCACAGAGUGAGCGGCCUGAUGAUGGCCAACCACACCAGCAUCUCUUCUCUCUUCGAGCGAACUUGCAGGCAGUAUGACAAACUGCGAAAGCGCGAGGCCUUCCUGGAACAGUUCCGCAAAGAGGACAUAUUCAAGGACAACUUUGAUGAGCUGGACAACUCUCGUGAGGUUGUCCAGCAGCUGGUGGACGAGUACACAGCAGCGACACGACCCGACUAUAUCUCAUGGGGCACACAAGAGCAGUGACCAUUGUUCUGAAUUUCUGCACCAUAACUGGCUAUAGCUGCUGUUCUGACAAUUAUUUAUUAGCAGGUUAUAGCAUGUAAUUAUAGGUUAAGAGGCAGUGAUUAAUGUUAAGAACUUAUUAACCAAAGUGUUUUCUGGAUUGUUAUGUUUUGGAGAUUCCUAAUCUUAGUUGAUAUAAAAGUUUUUCUCCUAAUGAAUAGUUAAUUUCAAGUUAUAUUGCAAGUAAUUACAGAAAGCAUCAAUUACUGUUGUCUCUAAAACAUUAGCUUCCUGUACUGCACCUGUAUUUUGCCAAUGUUAAACAACCUGUUGCCUUGUUUUUCUCUAUUUUUAUACAGUUCAGUAGUUUUUUGUUUUUUUAUUAUUUCUAGAAGCGCCCACUACCUAUAGGCUGCAUAAGAGUGAUGGUUAAUGUAAGUUUCGCCAUACCUCAUCUUUCUUACUUCCACAGUGAAUUGUACCAUCCGUCUGCUGCUGAUUCACAAUGCUCAAGUUAUCACUGUUCAUGACAAACAAGAAUGUGGAGCUGUUCUGACUAGUGUUAAAAUAACUUCAAUUUAAACAGCUUUUGUCUUUUAAAGUAACAGUUUAACAAGUGUAAAGCCUCUAACUUGUCUGUAAAUAUGCUUCAAAGAAUAGCUUGUUCUCUGAGUAUUAAAUGUAUUGUUCCUUAUUGCUUUUUGUUGGACCUGUAAGAUUAAUAAACUUUCUAUUACUGUA